AUCCUAAAACAUAUUACUUUCAUAAACAAAACGCUGCGUUUCACAUGGAUGGAAGAGGAGGCUGCUGCAUCGCCAGGUACGUUCCCGGUGUCGACAAAAUAAUGCUCAGGUUCCGCCCCAUCGCUCCCAAACCCGUCGCCGGACCCACCGCUUCCGACGCCUCUUCGUCGGAAAGCGGCGACGCCUUCCUCAAGAGCACUACCCCCAAGAGAAAGUACGUAAGGGAUAAUAACAAACGUGGAACCCGCCGUAGGAAGAACAACGUGAACACAUCCACGCCGGUUGUGACUCUUCCUUUGCUCCCGGAAACUCCCGAUCCGAAGGUUUCUCCGGCGAGGGAUCUAUCUCGCCCUGCAGCCGACGAAGAAGGGAAGAAGAAGUUGAAUAUGAAGGUGGCGGUGUGGCCGGGUUUGGAGAAGAGAAGCAUGACGAUGACGAAGGCGGAACCCUACGGCGCGAUGGGAGGGCGGUGCUCGUGCGUGACGGUGGAGUGCGUGACGGAGACGUGGGUGGAGGGCGAGUGGCUGGGGAGUACGGACGAGGAGCGGAGAGCGAAGCUGAGCAGGGACACGUGUCCGGGGUUCAUAUCGGACGGUUACGGGAGGGUGACGUGGACGAACGAGGCUUACGGAGAGAUGAUGAAGGGCGAGGGGGAGGGGCAGGGGCAGGGGCGAGUGUUGCUGGUGAUGAAGGUGAGUGCAGUGGUGGCGCACCCUUCGUUCACGUGCAGGGUUAGGGUGGUGCAGUACACGUGUGGGAGAGAGAGAAGCUCGCUCACCGUGCCCUGCGAUGUUUGGAGAAUGGACUCUGGCGGCUUUGCAUGGAGGUUGGACGUUAAAACCGCGCUUAGCUUGAGAUUCGGUUACUAAUUAUUCCUCACCUCGUACACUGUCUUUUAAUAAGGUUUCACAAUCUCACCAAACGGCGUCGCUCCCUCAUAAGCUAUAACUAUUCCCUUCGCUUUAGAAUUGUGAAUAUAACUACCGAGUCUGUAAAUUACUGCGUGUACCCUAUCUUUUGUUCCCUUAAUUUCUCAUUUGAGUUUGUAGUGAGCGAGAUGAAGUAUCUCCUUACCCUUAUCAUGUAACCCUAUACUUUUGUUAUGUUAUGACAUGGUGCUACUGCUGUGCGAUCUAACAUCUUUCUCUUUAA